AUGAAACUUGUUUCUUUGAAGUCCCAACCAAAGUACUCUUCCCUCGCCGUCGCCCACAGAGUUGAGCUCAGUGGAAGCGGAAGCGCCGAUAGACAUCGAGCCGCCGCCGCCGCCGCCGUCUCCGUCAUCAUCGUCGGUGACCUACAAAUUGGUCCCGUGGUUGAGCUGGGACGAGUAGGACUCCGUCCGAGCCUCUCUCUACUCUCCUGCUCCGGAAUCCGUCACCUCCGCUCUCCGAAGGGCAAGCAACUUGAACGCUGUUCUCUUCAAACCGUAUCGUCGUCGUUGCUUUUCUCAUUCUCAGUAUCUGUAAAACUAGUUCAAAGUAGGUUCUCGUGUGUCCGUGGGUGGUCGCCUAAAUUAAAGGUGGAGGAUUUGUUUGAUUAUGCUUUUGGUGGGUUGCUUGUUGCUAGAGACGAGUGGGAAUAUAUAGCGUUCGUAGGAAAGUGCUUCGGCUUGCAGAUAAACAGCGUGGAGAAGCAGAGGAUGUCUUCCUGUGGCAGUCGAAGUCACAGCUUCCAUCAUCGAAAUUCAGCUGAAGGAUCCUUUCUCCAGGCUGCUAGUCCUAAGUUUCUAAUGUUCGAAUAUGAAAACCAUCAGACAUUAACAUCAGAUGUGUCCCCAUGUGCAGCUAGCUUUUGGCUUUUGGCUUCUUGCCAAGAAGGGGAAAGAAAAUUGCCUGACGGAGAGGGAAGGCUGGGAGAUAGAUUUAGGGUUCUGAACCAAAGAGAGGAGAUGGCAAAUGAGAAGGACAAGAUGUAUAAGCAAAAAGAGAAGGAUCUUCAGGAAGCACAAAAGACGAUAGAUGAAGCUAAUCUAACAUUGUCAAGAAAGGAAGAGGAUAUGAGCAGCAGGCUGGCGAAUUUAAAGUUGAAAGAGAAGGCAAGCCUUUCUGAUGCUGAUCACUUAAGAUGUCGACAACGGGAUGAUUCUAAUCUAACGCAUUCUUUUUGGCUGCAGGAAUUUGAAACAACGAGAAAGAACUUAGAAAUUAAAGAGAAGCAGUUGGUUGCUACAGAAGAAAAGCUUGAUGCCAGAGCAAUGGAUGAAAUUCAAAAGAUCUUUGAGGAUCAUGCUCGUGUUUUAAAUGUGAUUGAAAAAAAUUAUAAGUUGGAACUUGAGCAAAAGAUGAAAAAAUUUGAUGAGGACUUAGAAAUAAGAGGAUUUGGCAUACAGAUUAAGGAAGCUGAAAUUAAGCUCAAAGAGGAUAUACUUGUGAAAAGAGAAAAAGCAGUGGAGAACAAAACUGAAAAGCUCAAGGAGAAAGAGGAUGAAUUUCUGAAAGAUCUUGAGGAAAUGAAGAAAUUUCUGGAGUCUGAGGAUCAGAAGCUGGAGACUCAGAAGAAAUCGGUCGCUGUUGAGAAAGAGGAGUUGCUCAGCUUUAGGGCUGCUCUUGAGAAGAUAAGAGCGGAAAAUGAAGAACAGCUGGUGAAGAUCCGCAUGGAGAAGGAUCAACUGAAAGUGAGUGAAGAAGAAAGGUCAGAAUUUGUGCGUUUGCAAUCUGAAUUGAAGGAAGAAAGAGAGAAGUGCAGACUUCAAACUGAGGACUUGAAGCAGCUAAAGGAAGCUUUUGAGAAGGAGUGGGAUGAGCUUGAUGAGAAAAGGACUCAGAUUGAGAAAGAAAGGAUUGGAAGGGGAGCCGCGCGAGAGAUUGAGAUCAGAGACCGAGAGAGCGUGAGAGUGAGAGCGGAGAGCUGGGAGUCCCUCUCCGCCUGUAGGAGGUCCCGAGAUGCCGCCGAUGAGCCCCCAGCCGCCGCCGAUGAGCCCCCAGCCGUCGCAUUGCUCCCGACCAGCCGCGAACCAGGUGGGCUUUCUUCUAUAUUCUGCUUUUAG